GACGAAAAUUUCCCCUCGAAAGAGAUCUCACUCUUCUGGAACAGUUUGGAACUUUCUCUCUCGCGCGGUGCAGGGGCGAUCCCCGAGCACUCUCUCUCGGUGCGAAGUGAUCCUCGUGCACUCUCUCUCGGUGCAAAGCGAUCCUCGUGCACUCUCUCGUGCGUCCCUAUGACAUGCGUUCUCAUGCCCUGGACGAGCGGAUCCGUGAUUCCAGAAUGGGAGGACACGGAGCCGGAUAGCCUCGAGACGGUGUCGACCCGAGGGAUGACCGUCCACCAGGACCCGACCGCCUCCAUGUCCAUCCUCGACCCCUCCGCCCUCCUCCAGAUGGAGCGCUGCGCCCAUCGCCAGACGAAGAAGGAACUGGAGAAACUGGAACACCAGUGCGAGCGACUCCGCGUGGCGCUGGACCUCCGACGCACCGCGUCCAAGACCGCCUCCAGCGACGCCGACAGCAUCCACGGUCGCUCCGAGCGGAGUCUCAACAGCCUCGAGUCGCUGAGCAGCGUCGCGAGCAGCGACGCCUCGCGGCUCAUCGACGAGCUGCGACUCCGGGAGAUGACCAUCUCCCAGCUUCGCUCCAGGGUCCUCCACCUCGAGAAGGCGAGGAUGGACAAGGUUCCCAUCGACGCCAGCAGGGAGAUCGCCCGACUUCAAACCGCCUUGGUCCAACUGGAACGCGUGAGAGACGAGCUGACCCUGCAGAACUUCACACUGAAGACGCAGCUGACGGAGAUGAAGACGCGUUUGCAGAGCGAUUCGCCGAAAUGUCCGGACAGCGGGAUCGAGGCGGACCAGCCGGAGAUGGACCGGUUCAAGAAGUACGCGACGUACCGGAAGGACCCGCAGGAGGGGGCGGAGUUGAGGAAUCUCAGGCUCCAGGUGACGAAUCUCCGCUCCACGGAGAUGGAUCUCCGGUCCCGGCUCCAGGACCUCGAGGACCGGGAACGGGAGUACCGCGACCGGGAACACAAGUACCAGGAGCAACUGGGACGCCUGGACGUGGAAAUGCGAAACAUGAAGAACGAGGAGGGACUCGAGCACCGCGCCCUCAGGAGCAUGGAACAGGAGCUGGAAAAAUGCCAACGGGAGCUGGAAGGCACGAAGAGGUACCUGAACACGAAGGAAGACGAAGUGAACGCCCUGAAACUCGACUGCGACACCCUCAACGAAGAGAACAACCGCCUGAAGGAAGAACUGAACAACCUCCUCCUGAAGGAACGCGACCUCUUCGUCCGACUCCGGAGCCUCGACGACCAAGAGAAGACCAUCUGCUCCCUGAAGGAGGAAAACCGACUCCUCCGCGAAGACUACAACCGCGAGCGCGUCCUCCGCAAGAAGUACUUCAACGCCAUGGAGGACCUGAAGGGAAAGAUCCGGGUGUACUGCCGCGUCCGACCCCCCCUCGAAUCCGAGAUGCGGAAGGGCGGCGGCACCGUCGUCAAAUCGAGCGACGAGUUCUCCGUCUCCGUCGAGACUCCCAAGGGCGAGAGGGAGUUCUAUUUCGACCGCGUCUUCCUCCCCGACGACGAUCAGGCCACCGUCUUCCAAGACACUCACAGCCUGGUCCAGUCGGCGAUGGACGGCUACAACGUCUGCAUCUGCGCCUACGGCCAGACCGGCAGCGGCAAGACAUUCACCAUGCUCGGCACCGAGGCCGAGCCCGGGAUCGCUCCGAGGGCGUUCCAGCGGAUCUUCCAGAUCGCGCACGACACCAAGCAUAAGUUCCACGUCAAGGUCACGGCGUACAUGCUGGAGUUGUACAACGACCGGUUGUUGGAUCUCCUGAGGGUGCCGCUGGGGACCGAGGAGAAGCUGGAAGCGAAAAAGGACAAGACCGGGAUGGUGUACGUGCAAGGAGCCACGAUCCGCCCGGCGUACUCCGCGGCCGACCUCUGCGGGAUCUUCGACGAGGGCGUGCGGAACCGGCACACGGCCACGACGCGGAUGAACGUGGAGAGCUCUCGCUCCCACCUCAUCAUCGGGGUGCAGGUGGAGAACACGUGCCGGCUCAACGGCACGGUCUUCAGGGGGAAGCUGAGCCUCUUGGACCUGGCAGGAAGCGAACGCGUUGCAAAAUCGGGCGCCUCGUCGAUGCAACUACGGGAGGCAAAUUGCAUAAAUAAGUCGUUGUCUGCUCUGGGUGACGUCAUUUCUGCCCUGGCCACGGAACAGAAUUUCGUUCCCUACAGGAAUAGCAAAUUGACGCAACUGAUGCAAGACAGCCUGGGAGGGAACGCCAAGACCCUAAUGAUCGUCAACGUUUCCCCUGCUGCCUACAACGCCGAAGAAACGCUCAUCUCUCUCAUGUAUUCCUCCCGAGUGAAACUGAUCACCAACAGUGCCAGCAAAUACGUCGACAGCAGAGAAGUUGCUCGACUCAAAUCUAUAAUCGCCAAGUUGCGUCGAGGCGAAGACAGCGGAGUGGAAGACGAAGUCUGACCCACAGCCCGUCUAUCUCACGUCUUUCUCGAAUCUCUCCUUCUGUGAUAAUUCCAUGCUUGAGUGCAUUCAUGCUUGAUUGAAUCUCCUCUUUAUAUAUAAAGAGACACGAAUCUCCGGGUACAUCUCAUGCCAUGCCGCGAAAAAAAAAGGCAAACGGCCCGAAUGAAAAGUCCUCUCUGAAAACGAAACCAGG